CUUUCAAGCGACAGUGUGCUUGCUCGCUCCUGCAAAGGUCUUCCAGGGAUGCUAGCGGCGCUGUGGCAAGCUACAAGCAGAGUGCCAAACAAGCAAGCGAUGCUGCAACAGUGGUAACCAUUGUUGGAAGGCCAGGAAUGAGUACGGCGAGGGGGCACGAUUGUGGUGUGAUGCUGACAGGAUUUUCUGCGAGUGCGAUGCUGCAACUGUGUCCACCGGUGCUGUGAGGCCAGAGAUGGGUAUGACAAGGGAGUGUUGCGGUGGUGUGCUGCAAGCCGGUGUUGUGAAGGAAGCACCGUGCUGAAAAGGCCGUUGAGGGUGCUUUGAGUUGCAAUGAGAUUGAUAGUGCUGUGAUGGCAGCCGGCGAUGCUACAUGGUGCGGGGGAGAUGGCCUCUUGCGGGCCUCCAAGAUGAUCGGGCGAUGACGCGAUAAGGACGACUGAGGAUUUCAUCUAACGGUCCCGAACAUGCUAAUUGGGCGGCUAGCAAGGUGACAAAUCCUUGCGUUGGGAUAAUCGGGUUGAUGCCUAGCGUUGGCCAUAUUAUUUGGAAAACCUUGAGAAUCGGCGACCGAUCAAGCCUCGCGCCGGCCACCUCCCGCAAUCGACAUGUCCCAUAUGGGCCCCACCCACAUUUGUGUCUCCAGAGCUGUCUCCCGUCUCCAGAAUCUGCUGCAUGCUGGAGCCGGCCAGUAGGGAUGUUGCAUCCGCGAGCGCACAGUGCUGGAACCGGCAGGUGACGAUGUUGCGACCACAGGGCUAGCUGAGGGCCCUUUUUCCUGUGCUUGCCGGGGAAGACGAUGACGUGUAAAGGAGAUCAAACGGCCGUUGUGCCUCACAUCAAACAGAUGGCGAGUCGACUGAUCUGGGAGCGGGACCGGUCGACCGAGGUACUAGCCAUAUUUGUUUUUUGAAAUUUAAUUUUAGCCAUAUUAUUUGACUAUACAGAAUUAGGUGGGACCAUCCACGGGGAUUCAGCGUGGCGUGCUGCUCAAGAAAUCGAUCAAAUCCAGCCUUUUAUUGGUUGCCGUAGUAGCUAUGGCUAGCCUCCGAGAGAAUCUACCCAGCCAGCUUCAAAACCAGGUCGCUCCUGGUCUUCGAUCACGUUAUGUUAUCGAUCAAACGGGAUGGGGGAGGGGGAGAAGGCCAUGAUCAGAGUAUUGUCCGUCACUGCCGUUGGAUUGGCCUGUACAGCGUUGAGGCUGUACGAGGAAGAGCUCAGGUCCCUCUUCACCUCCAGGCCGGCCUUCCUCAAGACCUUGGACCCCGCCGGGGCUGAUCCGGUCAUCGGCCGCGACGACGAGAUCGACCGCGUCAUCUGCAUCCUCUGUGGCCGGACCAAGAACUGCGCCGCGCUUGUCGGGGCGGCCGGCGUCGGCAAGACGGCCAUCGUCGAGGGCCUCGCCCAGCGCAUCGCAGCUGGGGCGGUCCCCGCCGCGCUCGCCGGGGCCCGCGUGGCGGAGCUCGACGUCGGGGCGAUGGUCGCGGGGACUCAGUGGCGCGGCAUGUUUGAGCAGCGCUUGAAGGAUGCCAUCAAGCUGGUGGAGGAUGCCCGUGGCAAGCUCAUCCUCUUCAUAGACGAGAUGCACAUGAUUGUUGGUGCUGGCGACCGAGAUGGCACCGGGGACGCCGCCAACAUCCUCAAGCCGGCGUUGGCCCGUGGCCGCAUCCGUUGCAUAGGCGCUACCACAUCCGAAGAGUACCGCAGAUACAUCCAGAAGGAUGCGGCGCUCGAUCGGCGGUUCCAAAGGGUUGAUGUCGAGGAGCCGAGCGUGCCGGCGACCGUUGCCAUCCUGCAGGGGUUGAAGCACCGGUACCAAGACCACCAUGGACUGACAAUUCGCGACGAUGCUCUUGCUGCUGCUGCGCAGCUCGCUGGCCGCUAUAUUACCGGUCGCCAGUUUCCUGAUAAAGCAAUUGAUUUGAUGGACGAGGCAUGCACUACCGUGAAGUUGCAUAAGCAAAAAGAAGUUCAAAAUAAGGAUACUAACACUAUAAAUGCACCGGAAGAGUUAACCGUUGGUCCAUGCCAUAUUGCCCAGGUUGUGAGCCGAUGGACUAAAAUUCCGAUCACCACACUUGGUCGAGAGGAAGAGAAGUUGAGCCACCUAGCAGACAGAUUGCAUGAGAGGAUUGUUGGACAGUAUGAAGCGGUUAAUUUGGUUGCCCAAGAAGUGCUACGUUCUAGGGUCGGGUUUGAUCAAUCUGGCCAACCAAUUGGCUCUUUCCUCUUUUUGGGCCCGGCUGGUGUUGGAAAGACAGAGCUUGCGAAAGCACUUGCCGAUAAGUUGUUUGACAAUGAGAAGGCAUUAGUCCGCUUUGACAUGUCUGAAUAUGCCGAUAGUGGUUCUGUGUUACGUCUCAUUGGAGGACCUCGAAGCUACGAAGAAGAUGGACAACUCACCGAGAAAGUCAGGAGCCAACCGUAUAGCGUUGUUCUUUUUGAUGAGGCGGAUAAGGCACAUCCUUCGAUAUUCAAGGUUCUCAUUCAACUCCUUGAUGAUGGCAUGCUGGUUGAUGGGAAAGGACGCAACAUAAAUUUCAAGAACACUAUCAUCAUCAUGAGCUCAACUCUAGGAGCAGAGAACCUGUCAGCUAGAAUGGCUGGAGAAAACAUAGAAACUGCACGAGAUCUUCUCAGGAAACAUGUCGAGAAACGCUUUAAGCCUGAAUUUCUCAACAAACUGAGUGAAAUUGUGAUGUUUGAGCCGCUUUCACACGAUGAACUGAGGAAGAUCACGAGAAUCCAGAUGAAGAGGGUCAUUGAUACGGCAGCUUAUAAGGGCAUCUCUCUGCUUGUAACAGAUGCCGCAUUGGAUGUCAUUUGGUCAGAAGCACACGACACGGUGUAUGGCGCAAGGCCUAUUAAAAGGUGGAUGAAGAAAAAUGUGACAAGAGUUCUUGUGGACAUGCUGGUCAAUGGAGAAGCAUGUCAAGGCUCGACCAUCUCCAUCGAUGCCGCUGACGAUAAUAAGGAGCUGAAAUACCAGGUACAGAAGUAGCAUGCCGGAGGUGGCAGAUCUACGUGGCCAGCAAUUAGUUUUGCGUGCUAUAUCUGUAUCUGUAACAAAACGGUCAGUACAAGUUCCAGGUUUGUGGGUAAUUAAUCUUGCUUGGUGGGACUUGUACUUCACGAUGUGCCCACCGAGGAAAGGGAAAACCUAUGACUGACUGCUACUGACUUUAGAUCUUCUAUAUGAAAA